AUGCAGAAUCUAGCGUAUCAAACUAUACGUGGUGGUGGAUGGGGAAAACGAGCUUCACGUAUUGUUAUCGCUCAUGGACUUUUAGGCAAUAGCGCUAAUUGGAAGUCAACCGCGAAUCAUUUGGCAAAGAAUAACUUAAUACAUUCAAAGUUACACGAAAUUAACGUGCUCGAUAUGCGCAAUCAUGGUGGAAGUCCACAUGUAGAGAAACAUACAAAUGCAUCUAUGGCUGCUGAUCUUGAGUUAUUCACUUUAUUACGACAACAGAAUAAAGAGAAUAAUAAUAAUGAUGGUGUGGUGUUGAUAGGCCACAGUAUGGGUGGAUUGGCGGUAAUGGCCACUUUGCUUUCUCGCGCUAAUGAGAGUGCGUUGCUUUUGCCUAGUAGUGAAGAGUUCAAGGCACGCUGUGAACGUGGUGAUUAUUACGGUUGGAAAGAUGAACAAGGAUAUGGAGAAGAGAUGCGUCUUGUCAAUAGUAUAAUGGGCUUCCCUGUUCAAAAACCACUACGAGAUGUUAUUUAUGAGUACAAGGAUACUCCUAAUUCAUUAUCAUAUAAUCAACAAGAAGAACAAAAAGAAAGAGGUCCACGUGUGAAGGCAGCAAUCAUUGUAGACAUAACACCCUCCACUAUGCUUGGAGAACAGACGGAGGAGUCAAAGAGUGUCUCUGCAACUCUUGACGCUAUGGCAGCAGUGGAUCUGAGAAAAGUGCGAAACUUCACUGAUUGCGCCGCAGCACUUGAACGUGCAGGUGUGAUUGAAAAGAGUAUGCGUGAUUUUGUUUUGACAAAUUUAUCUUUGAAUACAGGUACUGGAGAGGCCAAAUGGCGCUGUAAUCUCCCAGUACUGCGUGCAGACUAUCAAAAAAUCGCACUGGGUUUACGAGAUUGGUUCCUGAAUGCCGAGGAGGAAAAAAAUGAUUACAGUAAGAACGAUAAGAAUGAUGAUAAGGUAACUCCAGUUCGGUGUUCACUACCGACACUUUUUGUUUUUGGUGAAAAAUCACCCUACAAUAAUCCUUCAGACCGUCGUUUAAUUGAUUGUUUUUUCUCUAAUAAUAAACAGAUUGAGAUUGCAGGUGCUGGUCAUUUUGUUCAUUAUGAAAAGAUGAAGGAUUUUGUUGAGGCUGUUGCACCUUUUCUUGCAGAGCAAUUGUAG